AGCUCAUUGGUCUCCUUCCGUAGCUAUCUGUAAUCAAUUGCAUUCAAUCAGAUCCAACAGCCUCAGAAGGAUAUAAACUGCAUUGGUCGGAUCUGAUCGGAUAAUUUCUAAUUGCUUCUUUCAAAUUAGAUCCAUUAGAUCGUUGUUUUUUAGUUAAAUAUUUGUUAAAAUUUUUGGUUGUGAGGAUUUGAUUAUCUACAUUGCUGCGGUUUUGCUUAAUCUAUAUGCUCUGGAAGCCAUAAGGAGUCAACUAAAGUAAAAAUUGAAGUUCUUAGGAAUGGCUUCAUUGUCGGCGAUUAGUGAGGAGCUCGCGGAAAUUGAGGGGCAGAUUUCGGAUCUAUUUCGAGCUCUCUCGAAUGGGUUUCAGAAAUUGGAGAAGGUUAAGGACUCCAACAGGCAGAGCAGGAUGUUGGAGGAGCUUACUGAUAAGAUGCGAGAAUGUAAGAGGCUGAUUAAAGAGUUUGACAGAGAAGUGAAGGAUUUGGAGCAUAGAAAUGAUGCAAAUACAAACAAGAUUCUCGCUGAGAAAAAGCAAUCGAUGAUCAAAGAGCUGAACUCAUAUGUUGCUCUGAAAAAGCAAUAUGCAACCAACCGUGACAACAAGCGAGUAGAUCUCUUUGAGGGUCCUAGUGAAGGUUUUGCUGAGGAGAAUGGCUUGCUAGCUUCAAAUAUGACUAAUCAACAGCUAAUGGAUCAUGGGAAUAGGAUGAUGGAUGAGACUGAUCAAGCCAUUGAUAGGGCACAAAAGGUGGUGCAUGAGACUGUUAAUGUUGGAACUGAAACUGCAGCAGCUCUGAAAGCACAGACUGAACAAAUGAGUAGGAUUGUUAAUGAGCUGGAUUCAAUCCACUUCUCUAUCAAGAAGGCUUCUCAAUUGGUCAAGGAAAUUGGUAGGCAGGUUGCAACUGAUCGUUGUAUUAUGGGAUUGCUCUUUCUUAUUGUGAUUGGUGUCAUCGCAAUCAUUAUUGUGAAGAUUGUUAAUCCCCAUAACAAGGACAUCCGAGACAUCCCGGGAUUAGCCCCUCCAGCUCCCAGUCGAAGAUUGCUUUCACAUCCCAACUGAAAGCUUGCAGGAAAGCAUUGAAGGGGCACCGGGCACACUCGAUUUUAGGCACAUAGGCGUCUUAUUUGCAGAAUGUGUGCUUAGCUUGUGACAUUAUUGGUGAACCCACAAGCUCAAAACCAGGAUGCACCCGAUCAUAGCUUCUUCAACUUUGUUAGACAUAUUCUGAUCUGCCAUUUUUCGAGAAUGACAAUUCAAACAUUUCAGACAUUCUUUUCUAUGUUUUGUUGAAUAGAUUCGAUUUGCAGCAGUGUGUAUUCUUUUCUACUGUUCUACACAUUAUAUUUAGAAGUUUUCCAUUCCAUUAAGGGAAACCUUAACUUAUAUAAGACAUGAAAUGAUCUUUGUGUAUACCCUAACAUUGUGUAAUUACAUGAUUGUUCUGUGUUUCA